UUGUGAUGAGAUCUUUGGUGGAGAAUCUGUUUACUUGGUUGAACCUCAAGCUCUGGAAAACCAUAAUGGCUUCAUAAUCAGGCUAAGGAGGUUCAUUGUGAAGAAAAAGGAAGAGCUACUCAAUUCAGGAGGUGAUGAUUGA